ACAUUAACAGAGGGGGGCGCUGUUGGAUCUUUCCGUAGGAUUGGUUCAACCAGUCAUAAGAUAAUGUGAAGUACAAAAAACACUGGAAGCGUCUGUGCGAUUCAAGCAGCAGCAGCUUCAGGAAGAUUCUAACUCUGUCACAAUGAGUGAGUCACUGGUGGUCUGUGAAGUGGACGAAGAUCUGGUCAAAAAGCUCAAAGCCUUUCGUUUCAGGAAGGAGACCAACAAUGCUGCCAUCAUCAUGAAGAUCCAUAAUGAAAAGCAGCUUGUGAUUCUCGAAGAAGAGCAUGAGGACAUUUCACCCGAUGAACUGAAGGACGAGCUGCCGGAGAGACAACCACGAUUUGUAGUCUACAGUUACAAAUACCAACACGACGAUGGUCGGGUGUCUUACCCCCUCUGCUUCAUCUUCUCCAGUCCAGUGGGCUGCAAACCAGAGCAGCAGAUGAUGUACGCAGGGAGCAAAAACAAACUGGUGCAGACUGUUCAACUCACCAAGGUGUUUGAGAUCAGAAACACAGAGGACCUGACAGAGGAAUGGCUGCGAGAGAAACUAGGCUUCUUCCGCUAAUGUCGUACGGUGCGAGGAGGGUCCAGAUGAAGGGUCCGUGUGUGUCGGCUGUUUUAACUGUUUCCCUUACUUAUUAGCUUAUUUUCUGGUGGAUCUUGGGAUAUGUUAGUGUUUAUUAUCCUUUUUUUUUUUACAAUGUUAUGAAAGACAGUCAAACUUCCUGCCAGAACAGUUGAGCCAAGUCGUUUACACAACUCUUCUGAGUUCCUCUGUUGUCUGUUUCUCAUUCAGUUUUUCUUUCGUCGCAGGGCAUUGACAUUGUAAUAUAAGUGAGGUUUAAUGAUUCCAGUCUGUAAAAAGACUCACACACAGGAUCCACCUUUGAGACUGUAGCUGCUUCCAGGCAGGCACCAAAGUCCAGGCCUUUUUUCCAGAUUGUUCCAGUGAGACAUGAAUGGCCUUACCAUUUUGAGAAAGGGUCCAAGACAAUAAAUAGAUCCUACAUAUUUAACACCUCUCGGACAAAGAAUGUGUUAUUUUGAUUAUAAUUCCAAAAUGUUAAACAAUAAAAUUAUUAUUGUUAGCAGAAAUACCUCUGCAUUUAAAUGGCAUAUUAAUUAGAAUAGCAUAGAAAGUUUGUCAGUAAAGUCGGUAGAAUCUCUAUAGAACUCUUUCAGCUUGCUUUAAAUCCUGUUUUUAUUGGUGGAGAACUGGGCGCCUGCUACACACUGAGCUCCUGCUGUUGCUGUUUGUCUAAACAUUAAACAUUUAAAAUGGUCCUGGAAAUGAAUCCAAAAUGUCCUUGAAACUUUUUUCACUGUCAAAAAAGGCCUUAAAAAAAAGAAAGAAAGUAACCCAGAUUCUAUUUUAAAAAAGGUGUGUAUGUCUGAAAACAGCUUCACAGUCUAAUUAAGAUGUGUUUGACGUGGACGUCUCAGUGUAGAGACCUGCUGUAAAAACCCCUGUAUGAUUUAGAUUUGUUUUUCCUGACAUUUGUGAAGAACCAGGGUGAAUUUAACAUUCUGCCGUCAACCUGUGCAUGUCGAGUUACACACACACACACUCCAGGAAAUGUCACCUUCCUCUUACACAUUCCAGUUUACACAGUUUAUACAGAAGAGUCAAAAUAAUCCAGGACAGAGAACACUGGGCCUCGUCUUAUCUCUCUGUACACUCGUGUCUUUAUGGAGAUGUUUAUCAGCCUAUUUUGUGUGUUUCUAUUAAAAGCUUUUAUUGUUGUUAUUGUUGAUGAAUGUUGGCGCUUGUCUGCUUUGACACCGCCUAGUGGUGGUGGCUUUUAGAGACGAGGGAUGCGACUUUCCUUCAAACACCAGUUGUGCUUAAUUGUCAGUGGAUUCAGGAGAUCAACAGACAGACAGAUGGACAGUUUUUUACAUCUUACCCACAGACCAGGGUUUGACCAAUGUACUCCAGGCUGAAUAUGUGGAUUAAAUUCACUUCUUAUUUCUUACUAACAUACUGUAGAAAUACAAUUCCUAGAUAUGGUCUGUGAUGUUUGAAAGAAACCAGUAAGUGAAACCAGUAGGUCACUGGUUUAUGUCCUGCCAGGGUUUUUCAGAAAUUUUAAAACCUGAAAAUAAUUAUUUUCAGGAUUCUUGAUUUUAUGUUCUUGAAAAGGUCAGCACAGAGAAAAAGUUGCCUCUGGGUGGACAGAUUUUGUGACACCAGUCCAGCGCAGCAUAUUAGUCUCUCCCUAAUGGGGAAUUAAAGGCACAAUUUUUAAACCUUAAUCCUUGUUGACACUUGACAGAUGAGAAAAGUGACAGUUGUGUUUGAUUUAAACCUCAAGUAUAAGGAAGUUCACAACAGUUGAUAUCAUCCUGGUGAAUCGGCCGUAGCAAUGCCCUGUCUGUUAGUGGAAGAAAUUGUUCUGUACAGUUUUAAUAGUGACUGUUUUUCUCUACAGAGCAUUUUACCCAGGUUCAUUGACUUGUCAUGGUUUUGUUUCUGUAUGCAAAUAAUUCAAACUGAGGAGUUUUUCUGCACCCCCCCCUUUAUCAAUAGAACUAAUGUGGAGCCCCCCAAAGAUUAUGUCCACCCACUCAUGGCUAAUCCUUUGAAACUCCACUGAACUGUAUUGAAAACGCUGUUGUUUCUACAAAACUAUUAUCCAGUAAAGUAAUUCUCUACAAAAUACAUAUUUUUUAAAAUAAAAAUAAUUGUUUUAUUUCUUUAGAGUCAGUAAAUAUAACUUAAGUUGAUAAUUGUUUUCACUUUGUUAUGACACUGCUAUAAGAGGAAAAAACGAAAUUGUAGUUUCACACAACACGUGUUGUGGGUUUUUCUUUGGCUUUUUCUCUGGUUGAGCAAGAGUUGCAUGCAAUGCCUUAUGGGUAAAGAAAAUUUAAAGGCGUUAAAACCUGCUAAACAUCUUUUCUUCUUGGAAAGACAAACUGAGGCUUUUGUUUUGACUAAAGAUUUCUUUUUCUCUCCGACAAAAUAAAACUGAAGUCCAACUCUGAUAACGAUUAACUUGAAAUAUGUGCAACAUGCUGCUUGGAUGUGAACUUGUUUCGCUGUUCUCUCGUUAGGAAAUUCAGAAAAGACCUCACAAAUGUGAAGAGCUACUGUUAUAUAAAACAAAUCAAAAAAUAAAAGUGCAUGCGUUGAAUGUAAUGUGUGAACAGUUCACAUCGACGUCUGGCACUUGUCAUCAUGUGGAGAAUUCUCUGUUCUGCUGCAUGUUCCUUAGCAGAGCAGAUGUCUCAAGUCAAAUAAAUGUGACUGACUCAGUUUCAUCUCAAACAUCAGCUCUUAAAGAUAUUUAAAUGGAAAUUCUCCUCUGUGUAUCUGUUUUAAUGAAGCAUCAAAGAUGCCUUUAAGUCGUUGUUUCCAGCACAAGCUUUUACUGGAGAAGAUUCUCUUGGUUUUAGGUUGAAUGUGAGGUUUUUGUCCUGUGGAUCUGAUAGUUUUCUCUUUCUGUGGUGAGUGUGUUUUAAUAUAUUUGGUGUCUGGAGUCUUAUUCUCUUGUAUCCUGCUAAUGUGUUGUUCAGCUUUUGAUGUCCUCUUUGAACAAUACCUACUAUUGUUUCUACUUUUUAAUGUAACAAAAAACAAAAACACUUGUAUUAAAAUCAGCUGCCUCAUGGCUUUGGUGAAACCUGAGAUAUUUGAACUUUUCCCAUCACUUUGUAAAGUGUCUGUGGUCACGUGGUCCAAAUAAAAAGACAUCCAUGUUUAA